UCGCAAUGUUUACAACGUAAGCACUCCGCGUGAAAAGUCUUUAGUUAAUAUAGCGAGGAACGGAAAAAUGAGGAGCGAGCGCCGCUGAAGAAACCACCCAACCAACCAACCAUCCACAUAGUCCACCCACUCCAAAGGUCAAAUGCUGCCUACUUACGAGCGCUUCACUGAUCCCAAAAGCGUUUUCUUCCGGCUUCCCUUCGCGAGAUUGGCACUGGUGGCUCUUAGUUUGCCCCUAGGAGGCUUCUUCUUCUGCGUGAUUUGGUCUCUGACCUUUGACUUCGUGAGGAGCACCUACACCCACUGCGAUGUGACCAACUAUCUGCCCUCCGUCUCGGCGGCUAUUGGGAACUAUGAGCCCCAAAAAACCGUCUGGAGACUGGCCAUCUUCCUGCAUUUACCACUCCGUUUGGCAGUGGCCAAAAUCUAUCUGGAGCACUACCGGGAACAUAUCCGCCGAAGCAGAAGAUUGCUGGGCAUCCUGGCCUGCUUCUUGAACGUCGUGGAGGAUCUCGCCCUCUUCUGUUUGUCUUUUUGGACCUCGGCGGAUCACUACGAGACACACAGGAACGCGUUUGUGGUGUUCAUUGCCUGCUCCGAGUGCUAUAUGUUGGUUUCCUACCUGCUGAACAGGAAUAUCCGCAAGACCGUGCUCUUGCCGCACGAGGAGAAGUCGCUGAGGUACAAGAGGAAUCUGUUCUUGGUGAAUGUGAUUUCCUUUGGCAUGGCAGGAUACUGCUUCGUGAGGCACAACUCACAUUGCGAGGCGGGAGUCUACACAUUCUUCGCGUUGUUCGAGUACAUCGUAGUGCUGACCAACAUGGGUUUCCACAUGACUUCCUACUGGGACUUUUACGCCCUGAACGUGGUGUGCGAUGCCAAGCACGGUCUUUACCUAUCACAAUCGUAGACCAAUGAAUUAGAUCAAUUCCAGCCUGCGCCGCCAUUUUAGCCAGCCGGUCGUCCUCGAGUAUUGUGUACAUACGCGGUAUUAGCUUAAGUUCAAUGUUUACUUAAUUUUACCAAAAGGAAAUUGCUUCCGUGGGAUUCCGAGAGGAAACGAUUCAGUAUGACAGGAUCUGAUGCAUACACACGCUUUUAGCUUUAGGCUCUAACACGAUUUUACACCUAAAGGAUCUAGUUAAAUUCGAACCGAGUUCCAACAUUAUGUAAUGCAUUAUUUAUACACAUACUCAGUUAAGAACAAGGCUUUAAUACGGUUCUAUUUUAUACGUACUGAACUUUCGAUUGGCUUUGAUGCUCUAAUUUCGUAUUUUGUAAGUCUAAAAUUGUAUUUAUUAGAAUUCAGAUAAAUUAUGAACUUUUUAA